UGCGGGACCCGCCCAGAUGUCGUCCCGCGAGGCCCCGCAGACCUCUGGCCGCGGAGAGUUCAAGCGUCAGCCGCUGGCGGAGGCCCGGCCCUCACGCGGGAACGCGGCGACCUUGCCGGGAGGGAGGCGCCCGCGGGAACUCCCCGAGGCUCGCAGGGCGGGGGUCGGCCUCGGCCCACGGGGUCGCAGAGGCCGGAAGGCCGCCGGGUGCGGGGUGCAGUCCCGGGACCAGCACCUAGUCCUCGCGCUCCUGGAGCGGUGCCCUUGGCGGUCGCGCACCGAGCCCGGGAGGCACCAGCCCGCCCGCCUACGGCCCUUUAUCAGAUCAGGACAAUUGCUGAAAACAGGGAUUAUCUCAGGCUGAGUGAGCAGUGGCCCCUGAGAAAAUCUAGGGUUAGUUAAAGAGGGUUGCCCGGGGACAAAAUUUACGGCUUGGGUCCCGGGGACAGUUACUGUGGGGAGUUCUGCGUCUGGGUUUGAAAUUGACACUUAAGUCAGUGUAGGGAGCCCGUGUUUUGAAGGUAGUGCAAGUGCACGAGUAGGGGUUUGAAGCAGCAUCAAGCUACCGCCCAAGGGAAAAAUAUUGUUCAUGACCAUUGCUAAGUCAUUUCUCAAUGAAAGGGGAGAGAGAAAAGAGUAAGCGAUAUAAGAAGACAUGAGCCUUUCAUUCUGUGGUAACAACAUCUCUUCGUAUAAUAUCUAUGAUGGUGUGUUACAAAAUCCCUGCUUUGUGGAUGCCCUCAACCUGGUCCCUCAUGUCUUCCUCUUGUUUAUCACUUUUCCAAUAUUGUUUAUUGGGUGGGGAAGUCAAAGCUCAAAAGUACAAAUUCACCACAACACCUGGCUUCAUUUUCCUGGACAUAACCUGAGAUGGAUUCUUACAUUUGCUCUUCUGUUUGUGCAUGUUUGUGAAAUAGCAGAAGGCAUUGUUUCUGAUUCACGGCGGGAGUCCCGGCAUCUCCACCUCUUCAUGCCGGCUGUGAUGGGAUUUGUCGCCACUACAACAUCAAUAGUAUAUUAUCAUAAUAUCGAAACAUCAAAUUUUCCUAAAUUACUCUUAGCCCUAUUUCUGUAUUGGGUAAUGGCCUUUAUUACAAAAACCAUAAAAUUGGUUAAGUACUGGGAGUUCGGUUGGGGAGUAUCAGACCUGCGUUUCUGCAUCACUGGCAUGAUGGUCAUCUUGAAUGGACUCCUCAUGGCUGUGGAGAUCAAUGUGAUUCGGGUCAGAAGAUAUGUAUUCUUCAUGAAUCCUCAGAAAGUAAAGCCUCCUGAAGACCUCCAGGAUCUGGGUGUGAGAUUUCUUCAACCAUUUGUGAAUUUGUUGUCAAAAGCCACAUACUGGUGGAUGAACACGCUUAUCAUAUCUGCUCAUAAAAAACCUAUUGACCUGAAAGCAAUUGGAAAAUUACCAAUAGCAAUGAGGGCGGUAACAAAUUAUGUUUGCCUGAAAGAUGCAUAUGAAGAACAAAAGAAAAAAGUAGCAGAUCAUCCAAACCGGACUCCAUCUAUAUGGCUAGCAAUGUACAGAGCUUUUGGGCGACCCAUUCUACUUAGUAGCACAUUCCGUUAUCUUGCAGACUUACUGGGUUUUGCUGGACCUCUCUGUAUUUCUGGAAUAGUUCAGCGUGUGAAUGAAACUCAGAAUGGGACAAAUAACACAACAGGGAUUUCAGAAAAGCUUUCAUCAAAGGAAUUUCUUGAAAAUGCUUAUGUACUAGCAGUUCUUCUUUUCUUGGCCCUUAUUCUGCAAAGGACGUUUUUACAGGCUUCCUACUAUGUAACCAUAGAGACUGGCAUUAACCUCCGUGGAGCUCUGCUGGCGAUGAUAUACAAUAAAAUCCUUAGGCUGUCUACAUCUAAUUUAUCCAUGGGUGAGAUGACCCUGGGACAGAUCAAUAACUUGGUUGCCAUUGAAACCAAUCAACUAAUGUGGUUCUUGUUUCUGUGUCCCAAUCUAUGGGCAAUGCCUGUUCAGAUCAUAAUGGGAGUGAUUCUGCUGUAUAAUUUACUUGGAUCAAGUGCAUUGGUUGGUGCAGCUGUCAUUGUUCUCCUUGCGCCAAUUCAGUACUUCAUUGCUACAAAGUUGGCAGAGGCUCAGAAAAGCACUCUGGAUUAUUCUACAGAGAGAUUGAAGAAAACAAAUGAAAUAUUGAAAGGCAUCAAACUUCUAAAGUUGUAUGCCUGGGAACACAUAUUUUGCAAAAGUGUAGAAGAAACAAGAAUGAAAGAACUAUCCAGUCUCAAAACCUUUGCACUUUAUACAUCACUCUCUAUCUUCAUGAACGCAGCAAUUCCCAUAGCAGCUGUUCUUGCCACAUUUGUGACCCAUGCGUAUGCUAGUGGGAACAAUCUAAAACCUGCAGAGGCCUUUGCUUCCCUGUCUCUCUUUCAUAUCCUGGUCACCCCUUUGUUCCUGCUCUCCACAGUGGUCAGAUUUGCAGUCAAAGCCAUCAUAAGUGUUCAAAAGCUGAAUGAGUUUCUCUUGAGUGACGAGAUUGGUGAGGAUAGCUGGCGAACCGGUGAAGGUUCUCUUCCUUUCGAGUCCUGUAAGAAGCACACUGGAGUGCAGCCGAAAACUAUAAACAGGAAGCAGCCUGGAAGAUAUCACCUGGACAGCUAUGAGCAAUCAACCCGGCGUCUACGUCCUGUAGAGACCGAGGAUAUUGCAAUAAAGGUCACAAAUGGCUACUUUUCAUGGGGCAGUGGUUUAGCUACAUUAUCCAAUAUAGAUAUUCGAAUUCCAACAGGUCAGUUGACCAUGAUUGUGGGUCAAGUGGGAUGUGGGAAGUCUUCUCUUCUCCUUGCUAUCCUUGGUGAGAUGCAGACACUGGAAGGCAAAGUCCACUGGAGCAAUGUAAAUGAAUCUGAACCUUCUUUUGAAGCAACCAGAAGUAGGAACAGGUAUUCUGUGGCGUAUGCGGCUCAAAAGCCUUGGCUAUUAAAUGCUACAGUAGAAGAAAAUAUCACCUUUGGAAGUCCUUUCAACAAACAGAGGUACAAAGCUGUUACAGAUGCCUGUUCUCUUCAGCCAGAUAUUGACUUACUACCUUUUGGAGACCAAACUGAAAUUGGAGAGAGGGGCAUCAACCUGAGUGGGGGUCAGAGGCAAAGAAUCUGUGUGGCACGAGCUCUCUAUCAAAAUACCAACAUUGUCUUUUUGGUUCAUAUAUCUUCUCACUUAUAUUUGCUGACAAAAAAGGGAUUAGAAGAUGCACUCUUGGUGGAUAGAGAGAGGGAUGAUCCAUUCUCUGCCCUGGACAUUCACUUGAGUGAUCACUUAAUGCAGGAAGGGAUUUUGAAAUUUCUUCAAGAUGACAAAAGGACACUUGUUCUUGUGACUCACAAAUUACAGUAUCUAACACAUGCUGACUGGAUCAUAGCCAUGAAAGAUGGAAGUGUACUAAGAGAAGGGACUUUGAAGGACAUUCAGACCAAAGAUGUUGAGCUCUAUGAACACUGGAAAACACUUAUGAAUCGGCAAGAUCAAGAAUUAGAAAAGGAUAUGGAAGCUGACCAAACGACUCUAGAGAGGAAAACUCUUCGAAGAGCCAUGUACUCAAGAGAGGCCAAAGCCCAAAUGGAGGAUGAAGAUGAAGAGGAAGAAGAAGAGGAGGAUGAGGAUGAUAAUAUGUCCACUGUAAUGAGGCUCAGAACUAAAAUGCCUUGGAAAACCUGCUUGCGAUACCUUACUUCUGGAGGAUUCUUCUUGCUCUUCCUGAUGAUUUUCUCUAAGCUUUUGAAACAUUCAGUCAUUGUGGCCAUCGACUACUGGCUGGCCACAUGGACUUCGGAGUACAGCAUAAACAAUAGUGGAAAAGCUGAUCAGACCUACUACGUAGCUGGAUUUAGCAUACUUUGUGGAGCGGGUAUUUUCCUCUGCCUUGUUACAUCUCUCACUGUGGAAUGGAUGGGUCUCACAGCUGCCAAAAACCUUCACCACAACCUCCUCAAUAAGAUAAUUCUUGGACCAAUAAGAUUCUUUGAUACCACCCCCCUGGGACUGAUUCUCAAUCGUUUCUCAGCUGAUACAAAUAUCAUUGAUCAGCACAUCCCUCCAACUUUGGAAUCUCUGACUCGCUCAACACUGCUCUGCCUGUCUGCCAUUGGCAUGAUUUCUUACGCUACCCCUGUGUUCCUGGUCGCUCUCGUGCCUCUUGGGGUCGCCUUUUAUUUUAUCCAGAAAUAUUUUCGAGUCGCUUCUAAAGAUCUCCAGGAACUUGAUGAUUCUACCCAGCUCCCUCUGCUUUGCCACUUCUCAGAAACAGCUGAAGGACUCACCACCAUUCGGGCAUUUAGGCAUGAAACCAGAUUUAAGCAACGUAUGCUGGAACUGACGGACACGAACAACAUUGCCUACUUAUUUCUCUCAGCAGCCAACAGAUGGCUAGAGGUCAGAACGGAUUAUCUGGGAGCUUGCAUUGUCCUCACGGCGUCUAUUGCCUCCAUCAGCGGCUCUUCCAAUUCUGGAUUGGUGGGUUUGGGUCUUCUGUAUGCACUGACGAUAACCAAUUAUUUGAACUGGGUUGUGAGGAACUUGGCUGACCUGGAGGUCCAGAUGGGGGCAGUGAAGAAAGUGAACAGUUUCUUGACUAUGGAAUCUGAGAACUAUGAAGGCACUAUGGACCCCUCUCAAGUUCCAGAACAUUGGCCACAGGAAGGAGAGAUCAAGAUUCAUGACUUGUGUGUGAGAUAUGAAAAUAAUCUGAAACCUGUUCUUAAGCACGUCAAAGCUUACAUCAAACCCGGGCAAAAGGUGGGCAUCUGCGGUCGCACCGGCAGUGGAAAGUCAUCAUUAUCACUGGCUUUCUUCAGAAUGGUGGAUAUAUUUGAUGGAAAGAUUGUCAUUGAUGGGAUAGACAUUUCGAAACUGCCACUGCACACACUACGUUCUAGACUUUCGAUCAUUUUGCAGGAUCCAAUACUAUUCAGUGGUUCUAUUAGAUUUAAUUUAGAUCCAGAGUGUAAAUGCACAGACGACAGACUCUGGGAAGCUCUAGAAAUUGCUCAGCUGAAGAAUAUGGUCAAAUCCCUACCAGGAGGUCUAGAUGCAGUUGUCACCGAAGGUGGGGAGAACUUCAGCGUUGGACAGAGACAGCUGUUCUGCCUUGCUCGGGCCUUUGUCCGCAAGAGCAGCAUUCUCAUCAUGGAUGAAGCUACGGCUUCCAUUGACAUGGCCACGGAAAACAUUUUGCAGAAAGUGGUAAUGACGGCUUUUGCAGACCGCACCGUUGUUACAAUAGCUCAUCGGGUUCACACUAUCCUGACGGCAGACCUGGUUAUUGUGAUGAAGCGAGGAAAUAUUUUAGAAUAUGACACUCCAGAAAGCCUCUUGGCUAGGGAAGAUGGAGUUUUUGCUUCUUUUGUUCGUGCAGACAUGUGAAGGGAUAUCUUAAACUAAUACAUGGAUUUAAAAUAAUGCAGUCAUAACCUAUUUAAUGAAUCAUCAGCUUGACCUUCAAAACGUGGCAUCUUAAAUUUUUACACUUUUGUAAAGCAUAUUUGUUGUGUAAGGGGACUUUGUAAUUAGCUACGAUGCCACUUUACCCAUGAAUACUGUAUUUCCUAUGUUAAUAUUUCUUUUUUGUUUGUUUUCCAAGAUCUUACUGAUUAAUAUGUUCAUUACUGAUUAUCUUUCUAAUAAUUAAACCCUUUACCUUUAAGAAUAGCAGACUGUAUUAAAACAUGUAAGUUACUUUAAGUGGUAAGUCAACAGCUGUAAUUUCUCAUAAUUUUAAGGCUGGUAAAUAUCUCUCAGGCAUAGAAAUCACCAUGAGUAUUCAGUAUGCUUAUACUCUUAUUUAUAAGAAUAUGUUUUCCAUUUUGUUAGUAUCCCCAGAUGUUAUUGGAGAGAAUUAAGAGAACAGGUUUUCUCAUCAGUGAGAAAAUAAAACACACAAGUCCGUUAUCUACUGGAUAAGAAUAUUCGGUGUUCAUUACCAUUCGUAGUAAUAGUGAUGCUUCAACAGUCUCUCUUCCACAUCUAAAUUGUUUCCUGUUACCAAGAAGUCAUUUAUGGUAGCUUUGAGAAGUCAGUGCCUUAACCAGAAAGAUCAUGGAAAGAGUUUAGGUACUUGAAAAAUUAUACUCAAGUUUCCAUUUUUACCUGUCCAGUCAGGAGAGAGUUCCUAAGGUAUCAGGAAUGAUGUGCUUUUUCCAGACUAAAGUUCAAAGAGCAAAUACAUUGAGUCCUUCUGUGACAGGCCAGCUAAAGAUCUCUAUGAUUUAAUUCACCAACAAAUGUGGUUAUGAUCCUGAGCCCUAAAAUUCCACAUUAUUCAAGAUUCAGGAGCAUAUGCAAGUGGUCUCAUUUGUUUAUAUAAAUAUAUAUGAAACAAGUGUCUAUUUCAAGGUAGAAGAGUUUACUUCUUUUUGACAUUUCUGCCUAGUGGUGUCACACGUGUAUCGACUUGGUAUUGCUCUAAUUUUAAUGCACAUGUAAAAAGUGAAUCAAAAUGUUACUCUAAUUUUAAUGUGUAUGUUCAGAGUGCAUCAAAUAUGGAUGGAAUGUUAGUGUUAUGUUUGCUUAUAAAUAAAUUUUAAAAUACUAAAAGUUACCUGCACUGUCACACUAAACAGCCAAUUUACUACAAUUCUGUGCCCAUCUAGUAUAAAAUAUAAUGGGUUUUCAUAUAAAGACCACGUGCAUUGUUAGAUUUUUGGAAGAAUUGUGACUGAUAGAAAAAGAGAAUCGGUGCUCCCUCCCUGUAGUUUUUACAUUCAGUUUAUUGUAUUGUGUAUUCACUCUUGGGAAAUUUAUAAUACUUGUUUAAUGGCAUAUAUGACUGGGUCUUCACCUGAAUAUAGAGUCCCAAUGUUUACCUAAAAUAAGUUCCAUAAGGAUGGACAGACGUGUUCUGUGUCAUUUAGUUUGAAUUGACACCUGUUGUAUAUAUAAAACCUCAUUGAGAAAAAUCCUCUUAAUGUUUCCAAAGCUAAACAAAACAGAAUCAAUAACUAUUAAAUCAAUCUUGAAAAUUUUUUCUGAAAAUUCUACCAAUCUCUCUCAAAGUAUUUCUGGCAAGGAAAUGUUUUGUAAGGCUGCAUUUAUAUGAGGCUUUCUAUCAACUUACAUCUCAUUCUCACAGAGAAAUGGGGAUUUACCCAUAACAGCAACCCCUCACGAUAUUUGUAAAUUAUACCACUCUACAGAAAUGUUAACAGAAGUAUAGCUAAUGACGCUAAACUAAGAAUCACAUAAAUCAUUCUGACACCCAAGUGGUCACUAGUUCCCUUAUAGCUUUUAGUCACUUAAGUUGAGUUUUUAAUUGUUUCCAAAACUGAACUGACUGAAUAAAGUCAGGAAUAACUUUUUAAAUUGUUUUAUCAUCUAUUAUGUUAUAUAUAUAUAUAUAUAUGUAUAUAUACAUAUAUAUAUAAUGUUAUAUUGAAUACAGAAAUAUCUCAGCUUGAAAUAAUUUUUUACUAAAUAGGUACAUAUCUAUAAAAGAUGAGCCUUAACCAAAUCAAAUUUUACACUCCCUAAUUUUACACUUAAUUAACCAAAAUCAGCUUUAGAAAUUUUAAAUCCUUAAUGUUUGUUAAAAGCAAUAAAUGCAUAAAGAUUUAUAUGAAAAGCAAUAAGUUUACUGAUAUCACUGUGAGGUUUUUAAAAAAUCUAUCUUAAAGGACUGUGCAUCCUUUAUUUUUGUGCUACUACUCAUGAUCCAUUUAAAAGUCAGCUUAGCUCUAAAUGAGAUACCAGAAGACUGGUAUUGGAGAUCUGGGACUGUUUGAGAUCUGGGACCAAGUCUCUUUGUCUUUAUGUUCUUUGCAUUUUAUACAAGUGUCUAGCCCACAGUAAGCCCUUAAAUAAGUGUAGUUUAUUGAUCCACUGAUUAGUCCCACCACUAGCCAUGGGCCUGAAACUCUGGGUUAUUCUCUUCACUUCUUGUGUUAUGUUUAUUCUACCGUGAAAAUAUACUGGCUUGGUAUUAUAUAAUAAAUUACUCUUUCUCUUUGCUUGAUUAAAUAAGGUUAUUAUUCUUUCACUUAUAAUCUCAUUGGGUAUCAACCAGGAUGAUCAAUAGAUGUAAGUCGAUAACACCCUGCUCUGAUAAUUUUGUUUCACAUUUUCCACUUGUCCUGCACUUCAUUACUUUUAUAUAUUGGUUCUAUGUGGAAGUUGCCAUUAACUGAAACAGCUGUAUCAAUAAAUUUAUGACAUCUCUAAUUCAA